AUGGUGGAGAUGCUCUCUGCUCGUCCGCCUACACCCCCAAGGACCGUUUCGCGCAUCGUUGAGAACACCGAUUCACCAAUAGCCGUUCAAACACCAAAGGAGUCAACUUUUUCCACGCUGGGAUCGGUGGGAACUGGCCCGUCCAGCCGCAGUUCGAAGAAAGUGAACUUCUCACCAUGGCCGAAGUACAUCAAACCACCAACAUUUGCUAGUGCUAUGAAAUCGGCUCCCAACUUCAAAAUCCCUCCCUCCACGGACUCCAAGCCUACAAAGUCGAUCCUGAAAGCAACUCAGUCACCAAUACCUGUUUGGUCACCCAAUGUCGAUACAUUCACCGCCGAAUCGCUUGCCAUGCUGCUCGAAUCGGUCAUCCAACAACUGGCAGGCGAGUCAAUGAGCUCCCGACUCGAUGCCUACAUGCAAUUCUUUGGUGCACUGCGAACAUAUGAUGGUCUUCCGGCGGGUCAGAAGAUUGCCGAAAAAUUAAAUCUCAUCACCGAGUUUAUUCAGCGAGACGUGAAUCGGGACCUUACGAACAGUGGCCCUCUUGACACAAACCUUGCCAAUCAGGCUUUGAAAUUGUCAGCCGCAUUCGUUUGGCAUCCAGAAAUCUCAACACAGCUCUCGGAGGAGUUCAAAAUAUUUCUAGUCGAUCACUCCAUCACUUGCCUCCAUGAGGCCAAGGCUCCAAAGUCCGUUUUAACGCACUAUAUGUCCAUCUUGUCUACUCAAAACUUUGGCCCAAAAAUUAUGACAGGUGCACGUGUAGCCCGGCUUUUGACGGUGCUACAAGAAAUAACAAAGAAUAUCAGUGGCAACGCAAUUGUUUCCCAUCGAUUGAACAUCUACCAACGGCUGCUAGGCCAAGCCAAGUCUACUUUCAUCUCCCAAGCGAACCUAUGGAUCGAACACUUGAUAUUCGGGCUGCUUCAUCAUUUGAAGGAUACCAGGUCAAAAGCAAUUGCACUUGGCUUCCAGGUGGCCGCAGAAGCCGGUCCAAAUCCUAUACUAUCGAAAAACAUUCGGGAUCUCUUCGACAGGCCAUUAGAGCACGACCGGAAACUUGUAACAGAGGUUCGUGAGCGCAUGGCUCGGAUGAUGCCAACGGUCGAGAGUGGUGAGCAUGUUCCUCAGAUUUGGAGCAUCAUUAUCCUUCUACUUCGGAGCAAAAGAUGGAACUUAGAGCAAUGGGAUCAUUUCAAGGAAUGGGUUCUGGUACUCCAAAAGUGCUUCAAUUGCAGCGAGCCUUUGAUCAAAGCGCAGGCUAUUGUUGGUUGGAAUCGAUUUGUCUUCGCUGUCAACCCCACUGAAUCGACAAGCCGAUCUCUCAUCAAAAUGCUGAGCAAACCCGUACUUACUCAAUUCGACCGCAAGAAGACCGACAAGUCAGGAGCACCGCCCACUCAGCUUGCUCUGACCAGCUACUAUAAUCUGCUAUACUACACUUUCCGUCCAUCAGCUUCCUAUCAAUACCUUGAUAUUAUAUGGGAGGAUUACGUAGCCAUUCCGUCUUCCGGCAUCUUCUCAUCCGUCCCGGUUCUUAGCGACUGUCUUUCGCGCGUAUUGACAAGUCUGUUGUGGAGCACACAGGCUAAGAUAUGGACAGAGAAUCGAAUCUAUGACACUACCAAAAUGGAAGCGGAGGAACUUCCCGCAGCCGACAGCAGAUGGGUUCGAUCAAGAAUUACUUCAAUUCUGAAGGUUUUUGAGCACGUGUUCAAAGCCUCAGUUUGGAUUGAUGAUGCAGUUGGCCAGUCUCACGUGGCAUUGGCCUGGAAUAGUCUGUCCAGUUCUCUAUCGCUUGCGUCCAGCAAAGAAAUCACCCCUUCAGGGGAAUCGAUGCAAGCUGUUGCUAGCGUUUGGGGUCUACUGCACCGCCUUUGGACUACAGGCCCACCCUCAUUGAAUGCACAGACCACGGAUGUUUUCUUCGAAAGAUUCAGAUUCUUGUCUACAACCAUGAUUGUUUCUAUUGGGGGCAUCCCGUUUACCGAAAAGCUUCUUUUAAGAAACGCGGAUGAAGCCGACAGCACUCCUACUCAUUUACAUCCAAAUACGGCCCAAGAAAGUGCUAUUCUUCAUCUCCUUCGAAUAAUCAGCAGCACCACAGGAACAAUAGCGCCGAGCCAAUCUUACGCACGCCUUGUCUUGGGUAGCAUUGAAGCCGCAUGCAACGGCAGAUUCUCCCGUGGAUCUCGCCUCGAACUUCUUCAACAAUGUGCAGAAUUAAGCACCAUGACGACCAGUGCUAUUCCCCGUGCGGCGCAGCUGUCGGAGGUGGUUUGGAAUGCCACUGCCCAGGCCGCUGCAAAUGCUUUGCAGUCUUUCCCUAUGGAAUCCGCUCGCGGGCGCGAUGGCUCUGUGUCCCGUGACUACGAAAAUGUCAUCAAGAUUCUCUCAUUCGGUCUCUCGUUUCCAUCAGCUUUUCAAGGGUGGUCUCAUUUGCUUGAAGCAUUUGUUCGCGUGGUUCGAACAGAGAAAGGGAACCAAGCGGUUGCCACGAUGAUUGUAGAACCUAUGGCCGAACGCCUCAUGCAUCUUUCCGCGAGAGAUACCUACCUACCCUCAACUUCGCUGCUUGGCCAUUCCUUGUCUAUCCCUUUCAUGCAAGGAACCGGACUAGGGAUCGAUCGCAGCGGCAUCCAGGCAGCUGGUCAUGCUAUCUUUCCUCAUAAACUUCUCGAGUCGAUUUCCCAGACAUUACACGGUGCAUAUCACAAUUUCAGCGCAUCAAAAUCCCACGGUGUUGCCGACUUCAUCGAGGCAUUGACUUCUUUUCUAGGGACCGGUGUUCCGCAGUUCCAAUGCCAACUUCUUCAAUCUCUCCAGUCAUCACUUAGCAUUUGGUUGAAGGACGAAUCUUACAAAAUCCAUGUUGACCGCGGUGUUGACAGCAGAAUCCUGACAGCGUGCCGUGCUCUCUCGUCGGCUACUAUCAACAUUUUGCAAACGUCAGUUUCUCAUGAUCUACCUUCAUUGAAAAACUUUGAGCCUAUUCUUUGUGCCGGCUUGGAGUCUUCGCACAUUUCAACAGCCAAGAGAUACGUCGAACUUUGGGGCUCGACCUUUGGUUCGCAGUCCCUUGUCACUCCAACCACCAUUUUGCAAGCCGUACAAACUGCUGGGUCCAGGGUCCAGACAGCAACCUUGCCUCUGCAAAACGGUAACCAGGAUACCGAGAUGUUACCUCCACCUCCUCCGCAAGACAGCAUAGAUCGGUCAUUGCAUGAGCUGUCUCAGAACACCCAGCUUUCGUCACCCGUAAUACGGACCGAAGACUCCUCCCUGGUCCUCAAGCCGACUCUCCAUUUCCGUGAACCCCAGCUGCCAAGUAACUUCCAGCAGCCCACAGAUGCGCAAAUUGUUGAUGGCAUUUCAGUUUCAACCAAGCGCAAAAGCCGUCGUGAAAUGUUUUCGAUGAUUGAAUCCCUUCAAUCCUCGUCACCAGCCAGUACUCCACGGAAAUUGGGUUACGAUACUCCUCCCAAUCUGCGCAAACUAGAUGGGGGAGCACUGACCGAACUUCCUCUGACGCCCACUCUCGCUCCUACUGAGAAUGAAGAAGGAUUCAUCGGCUCCUCUCCGACACCUGGGACCAGAGACCCGACACCUGCAAUGAACUCCGACGCACUGAGAUCGAGUCAGGUGCCUGUAGAUUUGGGCGUAGACCCUCCAUCAUCUCCUCCCGAGAUGCAAUCUCGGAGCCCAAGCCCUCGGAAGAAUCGCACAAAAAGGGCGCGGCGAAGGGCUGCAAAAGCAAGAAAGGCUCUUGCUGGUACAUCCGGAACACACUCAACAGUCAACAGUCCGGCUACUUCUCGCCUUGCAACGGAGAGCAUAGACACAUCUAUGAGUGAUGCUCAUGACCAUGACAAUGAAGGUGCCGACGCUACACCUCAAGCAAAUGAAAUAAAUCCCAGUCGUCAGCUUCGAUCUGCGCUGUGUAAGGACUCAGAGAUAACAGAGCCUUCACCGGAGCCACUGGUUGAAUCUGAUAAAACACCUGUCCAGCCUCCUCCCAGGAGUAAACCAAGCUCGAGCUCCAAGAAGAAACGGAAGCAAGCUCAAUCUCAGCCUGCGGAUGAUCAACCCCAGGAAGCCACGGACAUGCCUCCCGAUAUUCCAGAUACUUUGAUAGACUCGAGUGAGGAGACGGACACACAAAUCGCAUCACAGCUUGGACAGGAUUUGGAACUUGCUGUGGAUAUGGACGAUAGGAACCAUCCAGAACGAGUCAAUAUCCCCAAUGAGCCAUCCGCGAGGAAGAGAAAGCGGGGUUUAGAGGAGCCUUCUCCAUCUACGAAGACCGACAGGCGCCGGUCAACGCGGCUGUCCACUGUUAAAGACGUAGUCGGCGUCGAGUCAUUGCAGCCUGAUAAUUCACCAUCGCACCCUGUCAUUCCUCGGGCGGCCUCUACAUCUAAAUCAUUGUCGCCAACUGCGACUCGCCGAUCCACCCGCAGUUCACAACGAAAAGAUGAUGAUGACGCCCUUGCGGACUCAGUCCCUCUAACCCAAGAUUCCGUGGUACAAGGACCAACACAAGAUGCCGAUAUCCCGCGACCAUCUAAAAGGUCUCGUAAAUCCGUUCGUCUUGACCAGUCUGUUCUCGAUAGCACUCCUAAAAGUGCUCCUCGAGAUACCCGUUCCCGCAAAACACGAUCUCAGCAACAUGCAUUUGAAGCGUCUCAGCCUGAAGUAUCAAGCAACCCCUCCGAGGAACAUGGCGAUACCGACCGCUUGCCACCUCAAAUCGACCAUAAAAUAGUCCCCGAGGACCUCAUUACAGAAAACCAAGCGGAGCAGAGCAUACCUCUUGUUUCUACCGAAGAGGCAACUGCCACUCAAGUCUCUGAAAUAAAACAGUCUACUGAGCCCCCGGUGAAACCAGACACCGAGAUUGACAUCGAUAUGGAUGCAGUUCAGCAACCCGAUGGAAUGGCCGAGCAAACUACAAGUGCUAUCACCAUGGGUAUCCAAACCCAACAAUCACCCCCCGCCAAAUCCGACAUCAGCGAACAAGGCAUCGUCCAAUCCUUGAAUAUCCUUUUGGAUGAAAUGAAAGCAACGACCUUGACCUCGAGCGCCUUCCGCGAGGUCGAUGAUCUUCUCUUCAAACUCCGUUGCGAAGCACAAAAUGCAUCAACGCGACACAAUACUUCAGCAUAG